AUGUCUCCUCGACGUGCCCCGCCUAGGGAGGGAAAAUGGUCCAGGAUGGAGCGCGAGGCUACGGCGGUAGAGUGGUACGCUUCUGUUCUGAAGGAGGGGAUGUGCAACUCGCCUCAAGAGGCAGAUAGCGAAGGGAGCUCACAGGAGGCGGAAGGGACGGCGGACGAGUACAAUGCAGGCGAACACGCAGACGGUACCUCAUGGACCAAAGAAGAACAAGCCAUCGUCUUUCCCCUCCUCUCCCGCAUCGCCCCUCCCGACCCGUCAACCAUAUCUCUCCAUCUCCAGGCCCGGUCUGCCCCAGAUACCGCAGCCUACCUCUCAGCACUGGACGAAGGGGCCAAACAUCUCCCCGAGGAUUGGAGAAGGGGAGAAGUGCCCCGGGCACGAGAGGUGGGCGAGGAGUGGCCAGUUUGGGAGCAAUGGGCUGCUGCAAAGCUUCAGGAUCUUGAUGAAGAGAUGCUGAGGAGGAAGAGAGACGAGAGUGAGCUGGAGCUGGUGGGUCUAGCUACGCGGCACGCAGAGGGGAACAUGCAACCAGCUGGCAACAUCAGUCAUUUCCGUCAGCGGCCAGCGACACGCAAACGUCCUCAUUGCCCACCGAACGACACUCUGCAAUCUGAUGAUGACGACCAACGCACCGCCAAACGACGCCGCCUUCUCGCUGAGAUGACAUACCCACCUGCCGGUUUGCGAGCUCUUCACGCGCUCCUCAACCGACACGCUGACAGUCGCGCUGCUCCCGAACACCCCCAACUAGGCGAGGAUCAGUUGCCGUCAGCGGCGUACUUGGACUCUCUGUCUCGUGAGGAACGACAAAGGCUUCUCGCACGAUUUCGCCAAAGACGACGUCAGGCGGCGAAGAAGGGUGUCGAACCCGACUUGACUAUUCCUACCGUCAAGAAAGGGCCGCGAGGGCCUAGGGAGAGAAUAGUGUUGGAAGAUGAGGAUGAGAAUGCAGAUAGGAAAAGGCCGCGGACGAGAGGAUUACACGACUGGGCCAAGUGGAUGGAGAGAGUGGAACGGUGGGGCGUCGAAGCGGACUUGGUGAAAGAUCUCGACUUGCUGAGACCGAAGGGGUUUUCAGAGCUCAUGGCGUUGUAUUACAACGCUCUUUGGCCGUCCAAGCCUCUCCCCGAUCCUCACAUCCAACAUUCCCUCCUGAUUCUCCUGUCAAGCCAACUUCGCCAUUGGCUCAUCCAAACCGUCCAUCGUAUCAUCGUUUUGGCCGAACAGCAUAUCACUCUACGUAGGCGCACGCUAGUGUUUAAGGAUAGGGAAUGGGAUCUUGCGCAGUGGAUCAAACCAGAGGAUGUGAGGGAGGUCGUGAUGAUGGCCGGGGACAGACCGGAUACGUACUGCUGGUGGGCCGAUGUGGGGAAAAGGCUGGGUGUAACGGUGGACGAGGAGAACGUCCCAUUCACUGGCAGACAGACGAAACGAGGAAUGCGGCACAUAUCAUCAAAUACAAACGCAAACCCUCCGCCUCCUUUCCUACCGGUUGCCCUAACUCCCGAACCACCACCGCACGAAGACGUAACCUAUCUACGAACUCCUUCUCCUUCCCUCGUCUCCGAAGAGCUGCACUCUGAAGAAUCGCUGGAUGGGUCUGACAUCGCUUCCGACCCAGAAACAGAGCAAUAUCUUUGGGACGCGAUCGGAGGGAAGACAGUGUGGAAGCGGCUCUGGCGACGCAGGACGAAGCAGGGAAGGAGAAGUCUGGCAAUGAGUCAAAGGAAAGGCGGAGCUAAGAGCAAGGAGUGGAUCGAGGACAACGAUGAAGCAGAAAGCGAUGUGGACGAAGUGGCCCUAUGA